AGACGAUAUAUCUGAAUCCAAAAGAAAAUUAGAAAAAGUGACACCUGUAAUUGAUGUUGAAAAUUUUAUAUGUUAUUAUAUAAAUAAUUGUAUUAAUUGUAGAGAAGAUGGUUCUCAUAAAAACAAUCAAAAAGGAUCAUAUGCCAGUAUUGGAGUUUAUUAUGAAGAUGGAACUAAAAAAAUCACCGAACCUUUACCUGAAGAUUUACAAACUAAUAAUC